AUGGUGCAGUGUCAUCCGCCGUUGGAGUUGGAAGAAUUGCCAAAAGAAGACGAAGAAAGACUAGAGAAAUUAUUUUCUAAAUUAGACACAGAUGGAAAUGGCAAAAUCGAUAUUCACGAUCUCUCCGUGGCCCUCAAGGAACUAGCUCCACACAUAAAUCGGAGCUACGCAGAGAAAUUUUUGGCAACAACUGGAAAGGAUGCUGGGGAUGUCACCCUCUCAGAAUUCAUUCAUUAUGUACGAGAACAUGAAAAGAAUCUGCGGCUGCAAUUUUCACACCUUGACAAGAAUAAAGAUGGAAAAGUUGAUCUGGAGGAACUUAUAUCUGCAUUCGCUGAUUUGGGCAUCGCAAUAGGACGCAACGAAGCGACGAAUUUGUUAAAAAGGAUGGAUCAAGACGGAAGCCUGAACAUUAGUUAUGAUGAAUGGCGAGACUACCUACUUCUAGCACCAGCUACAGACAUACAUGCCCUCAUCAGCUUUUGGAGACAUUCAACUGUAGGUGAUGUUCUACUCAUACAAACUCAUCUUUUAGGACAGAUUACAUUUUCUGAAUAUUAUAACAAUAUGUAG